GGUACAUCUUUUAGGAAUGCCUGAUUGGCUAAUUUUAUACAUACGUCUAUACAUAUAUACUUGUAUAUACUUACACCACCUAUUGCAUCACUCUGCAUCUUAUACUUGUACUCUCCUAUAUACUCUCCUAUAUACCAUUAUAUCCCCCCCUCCUCGAAUUUAAUACUAUUUUAUAUAUAUAUAUAUUCUAUCUUACGUCGUCACAAAUGUCGUUAGAGUAAGAUGAAGUUGAAUAACGUGAUCUUGCUGGGUGAGAACUCGGUCGUAGACACGAACCGGCUAGACAUUGAUAUCGAAGAUGGAAAGGUUCGUCGAGUCCGUCCUUCAGAACAUGUGGCUAGCGAACCUCCCAAGGUUCUACUGCCAGCCCUCUGUCACCCACAUAUUCACCUUGACAAGCCCUUCAUAUUAACCUGCAACAAACUCCCCUCCGAGAAUUAUCCCGACUACUCUGAUCUUCUACCCGAAACCGGCUCUUUUGAUGAAGCUUUAUCAAACACCUCUAAAGCGAAAGAGCGUUAUUCCAAAGAGGAUCUCUACCUUCGAGGUAGCCAGCUUCUAGCAGAAAGCUACAAGCACGGCGUGAAAUAUCUCCGUGCUUUUGUAGAGGUAGACCACGUCACCGGGGCGUUGCCGCUGAACACAGCUAUUCAACUCAAGUCUGAGUUUUCCCAUCUGCUGGACAUCCAAAUCUGUGUGUUUGCCCAAGACCCCAUUUUCUCUGGCAGGCAUGGGGAGGCAAAUCGAUCCCUCAUCGCCUCGGUCCUCAAAGAUCGUGCCAUGUACGUCCAAGCCCUUGGAACUACCCCCUAUGUCGAGGAGUCCCGAGAGAAAUCGCUCCAGAACAUUGAGUGGGCGAUUGACACUGCUAUUCGACAUGGGUUACACUUGGACUUCCACUUGGACUAUAAUUUGUCUCAGCCUACUCCCUCCAACCAGCCCCUAACAUUUUCAGUCAUCGAACUACUCCAGAAACAAGACUGGCUUGGUUUAGCUAAUAAGUCCAAAACCGUCGUUCUCGGCCACUGUACGCAGCUGACUACCCUCGGUAGCUCAGACCUCGAGCAGCUAGCCGGAACCAUCAUUCGAAGUAGACUUCCGAUCCACUUUGUUGGAUUGCCUACCAGCGACAUGUUCAUGAUGGGUCGCUCGACUUCGGUAACAAACGCGCCGCAAGCGCGGCUACGUGGUACUUUACAAGUACCUUCCAUGAUUAGGGACCUCGGCAUGUCCGCCUGUAUCGGCGUGAAUAAUAUUGGGAAUGCCUUUACGCCCUUUGGAACUGGCGAUCCCUUACAGCUGGCAUCUUGGGGAGUGGGCGUCUAUCAAGCCGGAACUAUAAGUGAUGCCAUCAUUCUCUAUGGUUGUGUAAGCUGGCUAGCUAAAAGAGCUAUCGGCGUCGAGGGAGAAGAGGGAUACAGAGAUAUAGUCGAAGGUCAGUCCUUGCGGGGCAUGCUUUUAAUCAGUAAUAAAAAACACACCAGACUGCCAGGAGGCGCCAACGGCUCCGAGCUUAAGAUUCCAGCGAGACAGCGGACGAGUUUCAAAGACAUCGUAUGGGAUCCACCUGACGUCGAGCUGAGAUCAAUCAUUAUAUGAGUCAAUGGGUUAUAAGCUCGAUAUUAAUGAUUAUAUUUUCCACGUCCACCUCGAGUGUGGCAAUUGAGCAAUACUUGAACAAAU